ACAAGUUUACGCGUUUACGCGUACAUGUAUUCACAUUUAAUUCAUAAGUUUGAACUUUCUUUUAAUCUGGCAUAAUUUAAGUCUGGUGCCACCUGGCCUACGGAAGUACUUGUUUCCAAGAUGUCGGAACGCUACAGUUUUUCAUUGACUACUUUUAGCCCAUCGGGCAAGCUGGUACAAAUUGAGUAUGCCUUGGCUGCUGUUGGCGCUGGGGCACCAUCUGUUGGAAUCAAAGCCACCAAUGGCGUUGUUCUGGCCACAGAGAAGAAACAAAAAUCUGUCCUUUAUGAUGAGCACAGUAUACACAAGAUAGAACAAGUGACUAGAGGCAUAGGCAUGGUGUACAGCGGCAUGGGACCUGACUUCAGGGUGCUGACAAGGCGUGCCAGAAAACUAGCCUCACAAUACUUUCUAACGUAUCAAGAACAAAUCCCUGUGGAUCAGCUGGUUCAAAAAGUGGCCAAUGUUAUGCAAGAGUUCACACAGUCUGGAGGUGUCAGGCCUUUUGGCGUUUCUCUUUUGCUAGCUGGCUGGAAUCAUGAUGAAGGCAAACCCUACCUCUAUCAAUGUGAUCCUUCUGGGGCACAUUUUGCUUGGAAAGCCACUGCCAUGGGCAGGAAUCAUGUCAAUGGAAAAACAUUUUUAGAAAAAAGAUACAGUGACAAUCUCGAGUUAGAGGAUGCUGUUCACACAGCUAUACUCACCUUGAAAGAAAGUUUUGAAGGCCAGAUGACGGAGGACAAUAUAGAGAUCGGUAUCGGUGACGUCAACGGCUUCCGUCGUCUUUCGCCCUCAGAGAUCAAGGAUUACCUGGCAUCAGUUUCCUAACCUGACACUGUUCAAAGUGUUGUUUUUUUUUAAACAAGUCUGAAUUUAAUUCACAUGGAAUUAUGUGUUAUUAUUACUCAUUAAAACAAUGUUUCACCAA